CCUCCUUCGUUUUGUGUAAAUUUUAGUACUCCUACGUUGUCUCUUUUGGCUGAUUAAAAGACAUUAUAGUUUACAGAAACAGAAAAGAAAAAAAAACCCAGGUUUUUUCUUUUUCCAACAGAUUGAAUGCAAAGCAGCCAAUGGGAGAAGAAAACAAGAAGAUCAACAAAGAAGAGGUAAUUGCAAAACUCAAGGACGAUGGUGACUUCGACAAGCUCCGUCUCAAAAUCAUUCGCAAGCUCAAGGAUAACGAUGAAUUACGCAACAACAUCAUUGCAGCUGUGAAGCAAUCAGCAGCGCUUAACCGUCCAGGUGCUGAAAAUAUGAAACCAAGACAACUAUCAGACGCCAUACAUGAGGAGGUUGGGAACAAAGUAAUGGGCCAAAUUUCUGAUAGUCUGUGGGAAGUAAUCAGAUCAGAAGGUGGCAUGAGAAGUGAAAUUACAGAAACAGUACAAUCUGUGUACAAUAAAUUAGUCAAUCCUCAAGGGAAAGAAGAGGGCGAAUCAUCUAUUCAUGAUAUGAUGCCUGUCAAAAAGGAAGCUGAAAAUAAUGGUUUCAUUAAGGGCUCAACUGGUAGAGUUGAUGAUACAUUAUCUGAUGGUGAGCCAAAAGAACCACCAGGUUUCUCUCUGUCCAAUAUUCAUCACAGCAACCACCAUCAGCAGCAGAAUGAGGCAGAGCAGCAGCUUCCUAGGCCUUAUGAAAUUGGACCUAUCGAAAACUGGCAGGAAGAGCCUCGCCACUCACAGAAUGGGCAGGAACAGGAUAAUGUUGAUGUUGGUGUGCCACCUGGCUUUUCUGAAGAUAUUGACCAGAAGCAGUCAUGUGAUGUUAGUGAUGAGGACCCGGAUGUGCCUCCUGGAUUUGGUUGAUGAGAAUCAACUUGCAAGUCAUUUUUCACUACCAUCGUGCAGCUCAGAAACUGGCAUCGCAGCUAGGAUGCUCACACCCGGCCAUAUAAUGUCUGGUUUCAAGAUUCCAGGGCUAGCAGAACUAGGGCCUCUUGAGGAUGAAGAAGUGACUUGAGGAUUAUCUUUCAAACCGGAAAAAGUUCCUUCAAACAAGAUAGUGGCAGUUGGUUUUGAUGUCGAAUUGAUGUAGUUUAGGAUGUUCAUUCCUGCCGUGUAUCUCACAUUUGUUGCAGGAAGUACGUGAGGAUCAGCUAUUGUACUAAAUCCAUUGAGCUCAUCAUUCAUGAGAA